CGAUAUUUGGACUUCAGACAUUUGGUGAAGGGCUGGGCCACCUUGUUGCACGUGUUGCAGCACGAUCUGUUGAAAACGGCGAUCGAGGCCUUGGCCCCGGAAGGAGCACAGAAGUUGUCCCAAGGUGUACUACCUGAAGCCGUGCUGGCAGCGAUUGAAGAUUUGGCCGUCUGCGUGGUGGCACCCAACGCCGAAGCGGCCAAUGAGAAGAUCGCGGCCGAGGGCCAAGACCAGUUCAAUUUCCACGUGUGGCUGCAACAAGAGGCCUUCCUGUCAGAUGCGGCAGUGCCAGAGGCAGAACGCCUCUGGAUCAGACACGCUUCGCGCGCCAGAAGUGAGGAGAUGCGACAUCGGCGGGAGGAAACACAUCCUGAAGAUAAGCCUUGGUGGCAGGGAGGUGGCGAUACUGCCGCGGGCGCUGAAUGGGAGCCCCAUCACCUUAAGGCGUCUCACCUGAAUCCUUCCAGUGACUCCUGCAGUUCAGAGGAUGUGUUGAAGGUGCUGGCGCACUUGCCCCUCUCCGCGCC